CGAGAAACAUCUGUUCGUAUACUCGAAGGUCGCGACCAGCGCAACUGUCACAGUCAAACACGAGUUUAUUGCGUUCAUAUUGAAACGUGCAGUGUAAUUGAGUUUUGUGAGGAAUUCAGAGUUAAGCCCAAACCGAAGAAAAAUGUCGAAAGAAGAACAAUUCGACGGAAUGCUGUUAGCCAUGGCGCAGCAACACGAGGGAGGUGUACAAGACCUUUUAGACACGAUAUUCAGUUUUCUAGCCAGGAAGACAGAUUUUUAUACUGGCGGGGGCGAAGGUGCAGCUGAAAAGCUUGUGAUGAGUAAAUUCAAGAAGCACGAGACCACAGCCAUAAGCAAGUUAUUUGCUGAGAAAGCUGAGCGAGCUGAACAGGAGAAGCGGCGCAAAGAAAAACUGGAAAAGAAGAAGGAGGAAGAAAAACAGCAGCUGAGUAGUGAGUCCAAAAUUGUAGAAUUGACUGAUGAACAAGCUGACCAGUUGCAAGCUGAGUUGGAUAACAAGAAAGUAUCUACUGAAACACCAGCUGUAGCUGGACCUAGUGGCGAUAAUGCACAGCCUAAAAUCAAAGACGUUAGUGGAACUCUGAACAAAGAAGAUGAUGAUGAAGAGGAUGAAAAGGAGAAGGGCAAACUCAAACCCAACAGCGGCAACGGUGCUGACUUACCUAACUACAGAUGGACGCAGACUCUCCAGGAGGUUGAGUUAAAGGUGCCCCUGAAGGUGAAUUUCUUGGCAAGGCCGAAAGACCUGUCCAUAUCGAUAACUAAAAAGCAUCUGACCUGCGGUGUAAAAGGACGACCGCCGAUAAUCGACGGUGAUUUUCCACACGAAGUCAAAUUGGAGGAAUCGACCUGGGUGAUCGAAGACGGAGCGGUGCUGGUGAUCAAUUUGGAAAAGGUGAAUAAAAUGCAAUGGUGGGCUCACGUGGUUACUACCGAUCCGGAAAUAAGUACGAAAAAAGUGAACCCCGAACCUAGCAAACUUUCGGAUUUGGACGGGGAGACCAGAGGAUUGGUGGAAAAAAUGAUGUACGAUCAGAGGCAGAAGGAAUUGGGACUACCCACUUCGGACGAACAGAAAAAACAAGACGUUAUCAAAAAAUUCAUGCAGCAGCAUCCGGAAAUGGACUUUUCAAAGUGCAAGUAUAACUGAUAAUCUCGACGGUUGUACGAUGGAAGAAUAAAUAUUUGCACAAUUAAUUAUAAGACGAUGAAGUUUUUAACGGUGACUAAUUAUCGCUAUACGCUUUUUACUAUGUCACACACACACACAAACACACACACACACACACACUAGGAGUUCAUACCGUUGAUAAUAAACACACGUGCUGCACAUCGUCAACGUUUCACGCAUUUAUCGUAAUCAAUAAAUUUCUUUGUUUAUAUUA